GUUCUAUCCAUUGACAUCCAUGAGUGUUUUGACUGAAAAUUUCUGAGAAGCCAAGGGGAGAGCUGAAGACUUUUGCAGCCGAAGAGAAAAAGAUAAGGGAGAAAAUGAUGCCACACGGAAAACUAAGGCUGAGUUUUUCAACUUGUAUUUUCAUAGUGGUUCUAAACAGCUUCUCUGCAAGGUUCACAUUUGCGCAGAGUUACGCAAGUCUGCCUCAGUAUCCAUCCCAACAACCUUAUUGGAACGCGUCUGGUAUUGUACAACAAGAAUCGGGACCAUGGGGUCCAUGGACACAAAGUAGUGAUUGCUCAAGAACCUGUGGUGGAGGAAUAGCUUACCAAGAUAGGAUAUGCAUGGAUAUCAGAGCCGAUGGAAGAUAUUCCUGUAUAGGUGCCACGAGAAGAUAUUUCUCAUGCAAUGUUCAAGAAUGCCCGCCUGGUUCAAAAGAAUUCAGAUCUGAACAAUGUGCCAGGUUCAACACAGUUCCAUACAAUGGAAAGUACUACAGUUGGCUUCCUUAUUAUAAUGCUGAAAAGCCGUGUGAACUGACUUGCAUGCCUAAUGGCGGAAGUUUCUAUGCCAGGAUGGAUCGGAAGGUGAUAGAUGGCACUCGAUGUCGAAAUGACGGUUCCUUGGAUGUUUGUGUAGAUGGACAGUGUUUGCCUGUUGGAUGCGAUAAAAUCUUGGGGUCAAGAACUAAAGAAGAUCAGUGUAGAGUCUGCGGAGGAGACGGUAGCAGUUGUCAAGUUGUCAAAGGAAUUAUCGACAGCAAUGACUUUGACGUAGGCUAUAAUGACGUAUUAUUAAUACCAGUUGGAGCGACUUCCAUUCUUAUUCAGGAAGUAAAACCAAGCAAUAAUUACUUAGCCAUUCGAAAUGCAGCUGGUGACUUUUAUUUAAACGGUAAAUGGAGAAUUGAAUUUUCCAGGGAAAUACGGCUUGCUGGGACAAUAUUUAUAUACGAAAGGAAACCUCAAAGUUACUUGGCUCAGGAAACAUUGAGAGCAAGAGGACCUACAACUGAACCUAUUUUCAUUGUACUUCUGUAUCAAGAGCCAUAUCUAGGUAUCAGUUAUGAAUAUUCUGUUCCUGCCAGCUCUAAAGGUAUUUAUCCAGACACUUAUGUUUGGAUAACUGCUGAUUUUGAAGCAUGCUCACAGACAUGUGGUGGUGGGAUGCAGGUUAGACCUGUUCGGUGCAUUCGCAAAAGUGAUAGAGAUAUAGUUGAUGAUAAAUUGUGUGAUCCUGCCCUAAAACCAGAUGUUAACAGUUCUUGCAAUACUCAACCCUGUACAGCAAGUUGGCAAAUUGGAGACUGGAGUGAAUGCAGCCAAACUUGUGCAGGUGGUAGUCAGUUUCGUCUUGUGGUUUGUCAUCAGCUUAUCGAGGGAAAUUCUAUCAUUGUAGAUGAGGAACUGUGUCAAGAGUCAAAACCUAUUUUCAUGCGUGCCUGUAAUUUAGAUAAAGAAUGUCCUGACUGGGUGAUUGGAGAAUGGUCGGAGUGUGAUAGUUCGUGCGGCUCUGGAAAUCAGACUCGAACCGUCGAAUGCAGAUCGAAAGAAAAUGAUGAAGUCAUGGAAGAAUCAUUGUGUGAUUUAGUCAGGAAGCCGACUGAUUUUCAGAAUUGUAAUCUUGGACCAUGUGAAGGAGUGGAAUGGAUAGUCUCCGACUGGAGUGGGUGUGAAGGUUCUUGUAGCCCAAAAAUGGAAUCCAGGGAAGCUCAUUGUGCAAAUGAAGAUGGUGUGGUAUUUCCAGAUGAUGCUUGUGAAGCUAGCAAACUCCCUGAACUUACUCGACCAUGUGCCAAAACAGAAAUGUGUGAGCCCAUGUGGCAUACUUCUGAAUGGACUGAGUGCUCUGUAACAUGUGGAAAUGGAGUUCAGAGUAGAGUUGUAUUUUGUGGAGUAUGGCAGGAUGAAUCAGUUAUAAAGAUAGAAGAUAAAAAUUGUGAUCCAUUGAAGAAAUUUGAUGAAGUACAAAAUUGCAGCUCUGCUCCAUGUAAAGGCACAUGGUUUACUGGGCCCUGGAAUAGAUGUUCUGUUCCUUGUGGAGGUGGCGAAAGAACUAGAAAAAUUUUGUGUUUUCAUGAAGAUACUGUUGUGGAUGUUAGCCAAUGUGAUCCUGCUGAAGAGCCUUUUGAUAAAGAGACAUGCAAUAUGGCGUCAUGUGAUGAAGAUGAAAUUAUGAUCUUUGGAGGUUGCAAGGAUUCCAAAUAUGGUUGCUGCCCAGAUGGUAUAACAGUUGCAGGUUUCAAUUAUGAAGGAUGUCCUAGAAUGAAUAUAAGCAGCACUAAUAAUUCAUGUGAAGAAGCAGAAUUCGGAUGCUGUUCAGAUAAUUUCACUCUUGCUUUAGGACCUUUCAAGCAAGGAUGUCCAAAUGCUUCAUCAUGCAAUACAACAAAAUAUGGUUGUUGUCCUGAUGAAUUAAGAACUGCUAAGGGCCCUGGUUAUUUAGGAUGUGAUGAAGAGCAAACUGAUUGUUCUAACUCAACAUACGGUUGUUGCUCAGAUGGUUUAACAACUGCCUCUGGCCCUGACCUUGAAGGAUGCCUUUUAGAAGAUAGUAACUGUACAAACUCAACCUAUGGCUGCUGUUUAGAUGGUCUGACAGCUGCAUCUGGUCCUAACCUUGAAGGAUGUCUUUUAGAAGAAAGUAACUGCACCAAUUCAACAUAUGGUUGUUGUGCAGAUGGUCUCAAUGCUGCAUCUGGGCCUAACUUUGAAGGCUGUGAUGAUUUAACUACUGAUGCAGGAGAUGAUUUGGAAUCUUCAGGUGAAGAUUGCUACAAUUUAAAAUUUGGCUGUUGCCCUGAUGGUUUAACAGCAGCUUCUGGGCCAAUGCAAGAGGGCUGCAAUGAUACAGGAAAUGCUACUGAUUGUAGUACAAGUGCUUUUGGUUGUUGUGAUGAUCGUGCCACAUUUGCAACUGGGCCAUACAAAGGUGGAUGCUUCAUUGAUGAAAGCAGUGGUGAUGGUGAUUCAGAUCUUUUUUGUCAAGACAGUGUUUUUGGAUGCUGUCCUGACAAUGUUACACAUGCCAAAGGGUUUGAUGGAGAAGGUUGCAUUCUUGACUGUCACAAUUCAACAUAUGGAUGUUGUCCUGAUAAUGUCACUAUAGCUCUUAGUAAGGACGGAGAAGGUUGUAUGGAAUUAGAAUGUAUUAAUUCAACGUUUGGCUGCUGUCCUAAUAACAAAACAUUAGCUUUAGGUCCUAAUGGAGAAGGCUGUACUUUAGAAGAUUGUUUUAAUUCUACCUGGGGUUGCUGUCCUGAUAAUGUGACAUCUGCUCUGGGUCCUAAUGAGGAAGGCUGUGAAUUAGAAGAUUGUUCAGAAUCACUGUUUGGAUGUUGUCCUGAUAAUAUUACUUCAGCUUCAGGCCCUGAUAAUGAAGGAUGCUUCCCUGAAGACUGUAGUAAUUCAACAUUUGGAUGUUGUCCUGAUAAUAUCACCUCAGCAUCAGGACCUGAAAAUGAAGGAUGUUUCCCUGAACACUGCACUAAUUCAACAUUUGGGUGCUGUCCAGAUAAUGAGACUUCUGCUCAAGGCCCUGAUAAUGAAGGAUGUUUCUCUGAAGACUGCACUAAUUCAACAUUUGGGUGUUGUCCAGAUAAUAUCACUUCAGCUUCAGGUCCUGAUAAUGAAGGAUGCAUUGUUGAAGACUGUUUCAACUCAGCCUUUGGUUGCUGUCCUGAUAAUGUGACAUUUGCUCUAGGGCCAAAUGAAGACGGUUGUCAUAUAAAUGACACUGACUGUGUUGUUAGCCUUUAUGGAUGCUGUCCUGAUAAUAUUACUAUAGCCACUGGCCCAGAUAGUGAUGGAUGUUCUGACAUCUUAAUUGAAUGCAUUAAUACAACAUAUGGUUGCUGUCCAGAUAAUGUUACUGUUGCCACUGGAUUUGAUUUUGAGGGUUGUGAUAACAUUUCAAGCUGUAAUUUCAGUGAAUAUGGAUGUUGUCCAGAUAAUGAGACAUUUGCCAUUGGUCCAGAUUUUGCUGGCUGCAAUAUCACUGCUGUUAGUACUGAGCCUUCACAAAUUUUAACUACUACUGCUGUACCUGAUUGUGUAAACACUACGUUUGGAUGUUGUCCUGAUGAGAUUACUGUUGCUCUUGGCCCAAAUCUUGAAGGAUGUUGUUUUGGGUUAAGAUUUGGAUGUUGUCCAGAUAAUAAAACAGCUGCUUUAGGGCCUAAUUUCCUUGGAUGUGGAUGUCAGACAUAUCCUUAUGGAUGUUGUCCAGAUGAAAUUACUCCAGCUCAAGGUUUCAAUUACCAGGGUUGUAAAUGUGAACAUUUCCGUUAUGGAUGCUGUCAAGACAAAGUAACUCCUGCCACAGGGCCACAUCUUGAAGGCUGCGUUUGCCAGUUGAUGUAUUAUGGAUGUUGUCCAGAUGGUAUAACUCCUGUAAUAAAUAGCAAGGGUGAAGGUUGUGGGUGUGAUUCAACACGAUAUGGCUGUUGUCCUGAUGGUAAGACAGCAGCUACUAGUGCAGAUUUAUCUGGAUGUCCAUGUGAAACACUGCCAUAUGGAUGUUGUCCAGAUGGAUAUACACCAGCUCGAACAUCAGACCUGAGAGACUGUCCAUGUGAAGCUCAACGAUAUGGUUGUUGUUUAGAUGGAAGAACUUUUGCAAAAGGUCCUAAUUAUGAAGGUUGUCCUUGUGAAUCAACAAGAUUUGGCUGUUGCUUGGAUGGAAAGACAACUGCGCCUGGUCCCAAUUUGCAAGGAUGUUCCUGUGAAACAACUCGUUAUGGAUGCUGUGCUGAUGGCUAUACUCCUGCAACAGGCCCAAAAUAUGAAGGCUGCCCAGAAGUAUCACUACCAAAACCUGUAGUAAACACAGAAGUGUGCAGUUUCCCCAAAGAAGCUGGUCCUUGCAGAAAUUUCACAGUUAAAUGGUUUUUCGACGUAGCUUAUGGUAGCUGUUCAAGAUUCUGGUAUGGAGGAUGUGAUGGCAAUGGUAACGUUUUUGCAUCACAGGAUGAAUGUGAAAGCGCUUGUGUAAAUCCUGAUGGUCCAGAAGCAUGCCUGUUGCCCAAAAUCGUUGGACCUUGUGAAGCAAGAAUUCCAUCAUGGUACUAUGAUCCUGGUUCAAAAAGUUGUGAAACUUUUAACUAUGGCGGUUGCCUUGGAAAUAACAAUAGAUUUGUCAGCAAAUUACUUUGUGAACAGAAGUGCAUUAAUCUUCAACCUGUCACACCAGUAGAUAUCUGUUCUUUGCCAAAGGAUGAAGGUUCUUGUGAUGGUGCUGUUAUUCACUGGUUCUAUAAUAAAGAAAGCUCCAGAUGUGAACAGUUCUACUAUGGCGGAUGUAAAGGAAAUGCAAACAGGUUCGAAUCAAGACGAGAGUGUGAAAAGUCAUGUUUAGCUUCUGUUGUUCAAGAAAAGGAUAUUUGCAAACUUCCACAAGAGAUUGGGCCUUGUUUUGAAUUCCGAGAGAGAUGGUAUUUUGAUUAUGAAAGUGGCCAAUGUCAUCGAUUCAUAUAUGGUGGCUGCAAUGGUAAUGAAAAUAAUUUUGCAUCUUUUUAUGACUGUCAAAAGCAGUGUGGUAAAGAUACCUCUACAGAUGCACCAGCUGAAUUAGAAUUUAGAACAGAAUUUUGCUUCUUAAGUCAAGAUCCUGGUCCUUGUCCUAAUACUGAGGUUAACUGGUAUUAUGACUCUAAUGAUGGAGUUUGUAGAGAGUUCUAUUAUGGAGGCUGCAAAGGCAACAGAAAUAGAUUUAAGACACGUAAAGAAUGUGAAAUAUCUUGCUUUCAUGCUCAAGAUGUGUGUAGUUUAGCAAUGGUAAAAGGUCCUUGUAGCGGUUCUUUCACUCAAUGGUACUUUGAUAAGGACCAAGAUGAGUGCUUUGAAUUUCUGUUCAGUGGUUGCCAAGGGAAUGCAAAUCGUUUUAAUUCAAAGGAAGCUUGUUACCUAGCCUGCAAAAAUGAGAAACUGACAACUCUUGCACCUCGUAUUUCUGAAGAUGUAUGUACACUGCCUCAAGAACCUGGUCCUUGUUUAGGAUACUAUAGAAUGUGGUAUUAUGAUAAUAAUGACAAUAUAUGCAAAUCAUUUGUUUAUGGAGGAUGUGAUGGUAAUGAAAACAGGUUUGAAAAAAGAACUGAAUGUGAACAGCUAUGCGUCAAAAAAACUUCCAAAGAACCCCUAAUUGUGUUACCUGACCGACCCAGGAAUACCAAUGAAGAUGUGUGUCGUUUACCUGUGGAGCCUGGGCCAUGCAAUGAAGCCCUUCCAAGAUGGUUCUAUGAUGCAGUAAGCCAAAAUUGCCUUCCAUUUGUUUAUGGUGGCUGCAGUGGAAACAAAAAUAGGUUUAAGACCUCAGAAAUUUGUCUGAAGUUUUGUAGUGGAAUUAAAGCUGUACCUGGAGUUGCCCAGACACCAUACAUUGUUCCUCUAACUCCUGCUACUACGGAAACAGUUCAGUGUGCCCCGUCUAAUUGUGCUUCCAUUCAGUGCCCAUAUGGUAUCGAAGAAUCAUUUGAUGUAAAUGGAUGUUCUUCAUGUAGAUGUUCUAAUCCAUGUGAGGUGGUAACCUGCCCGGAAGGAAGCCGUUGUGCGAUUGAUAUUGCCCGUACUUCACAAGAAGGAAUAAGGACAGAACCAGUGUGCAGGAGAAUGCAGAAACCUGGAGUAUGUCCAUCAGGUGGCCGUUUGAGUUCUGGCCCAAGAGAUUGCCAAACACGUUGUAGAGAUGAUGCAGAUUGCCGUGGAGAGCAUAAAUGUUGCAAUAAUGGAUGUGCUUUUCAAUGCAUGGCACCUGCAGAUGAAUAUUUGGUUCCUGCAACUCAACCAGAACCUGCUUCCAUCCUGCCUGGUAAAAAUAUCACUGAAGCUCGAAUUGGAGAAUCAGCAGAAUUGCCAUGCAAUGCUGUUGGAUGGCCAAAGCCUACAGUUACAUGGUGGCGUGAGACAACAAUGUUGCCUUUGUCUAGUUCGCAGUAUGAACAAUUAGCAAACUACUCUUUGAUAAUAAGAUCAGUUGUUUAUGAAGAUAGAGGAGAGUAUUCAUGCCAUGCACACAAUGGCAUUGGUUCUGGUGCCUUAUAUAAAGUGACAUUAAUUAUUGAAUUGCAACCAAUUCCACAUGCACCCCAUAAUGAAGAUAGUGAAUACAGUGCCAGAGAUUCUGAGCCAUUAGCUACAUAUGAUGGACCAAAGUAUCCAGAUCAUGCACCUCUUGCUGUCCAUAUGAGCCUUGCCACUGAUGCACCCACAGUUGGAUCACCUAUCCAAAUAGACUGUGAAAUACAAGGUCCAGCACUGGGUGUUUCUGUCACAUGGUAUCAUAAUGGAAUACCAAUACUGGAAGAUGACAAUAAAAGGAUUUUGCCCAAUAAUACGUUAUUCUUAAGUAAAGCAGAAAUAUCUGAUACUGGAGAAUAUCGAUGUAGUGCCACACAUAGUAAUGGUGCUGCUUCUUCUUCAUCACUUUUCCUUACAAUAAAAGAAGUUCCAGCUGCACCAACUUGCAUAGAUAGUCCACAAUUUAACAACUGUGAAUUAAUUGUGAAAAGCAAGUAUUGCAACAACAAGAUUUAUGGACAAUACUGCUGUGCCUCGUGUCUGAAAGCUGGACAGUUACAAAAUAUACCUGCACAGUGAUUGCUUCAUUCAUAAAAAAAAAACAUCAUUUCUUCAAGCUCACCUCAUAGUUUUAUUCCUAUAAUGCUCUUAUCAUGCACAAAUAUGCUAACUCAUCAGAAACAAAAUAAUUAGCAGUCAAAGAGCAUUUCCUCACUGAGACAUACUACAAUGUUUUAAUAGAACUUGUAUUAAUGAAUUUUUUUUAUUGUGUAUAAAGCUCAAGUUAUCAAAGAAAAUAAUUCUACUGUAUAUUUAAUUGCUCACAAAGGGUUCCCACUCAACAAAUAUACACUUUUUUCAAAAAGUCAAGGAAGUUUUUUGAAAGAAGAUUUAUCUAUUUCAAUGAGCAAUCAGUUUUAAAAGAAAGCUGUGGUUUCUUCUCCAUGUAAAGUGAGCUAUCCCUUUAUUUAGAAAUGCUAUUGCUCUCCAAAAAUAAAUAAUGUACUUAAUACAUUAUACUAAUCAAAUAUUUUUUCAGUUCAAUGUAAUUUUUAAUUCUUUAGUUUCAUAUAUCAUACUAGUCAUUUAUUAUGAAUAAUAUAUUGUUGUAAAUUUCUUUUGCAGAAUGAACAUUUUUCUUAUUUUCCAGAACAUUUACAGAGUCAUUGAUAUUUUUUUUAAAAUAUUACCACCUUUUAUAAUGAUUUAGAUACAUAUUUUUCUGUAUAGAUUUCUUUCAUUUGCUUUACGAUAAUAAGUCAGAUUAAAUUUUUAUUAUGCUCUUAUUUGUUGCACUGUAUCUUGCAGUAAACGCAUUCAGUUAUUUAAUUUAAUAACUAAGUCUAUUUUGGUUAGGGAAAUUUAUCUAUUUUGGUCAUGAAAAUUAAAAGCUGAAUUUCAGUGGGAACUCCAUCAUCCAUUAUAUACUGUGCACAAACAUCACAGCUGAAAUGUUUCUGAAGCCGCAAUAAGCCUUCAUUACUAUGUUAAUAUUUAGUAUUCACUGCAUAACUUAUUUUCACAUUACUUAUAAUAUAAAAUACUGUAAUUAGUUGUCUUUAGAAUGCUCCACCAUCAUAUAAAAAUAAAAUUUUAAACUAAUUUUCUUUAAAUUAUAAGUACAAAAUGAGAAAAUAUUUUUGAUACUAAACAAUGAAAUUAUACUUGUGACAUUGACUUAAUACAUAUAUUUUGUCUAUGCAGUUUAUUAAAGUAUUUUUCUACAGAAAUAUUCAAGUACAAGCAUUUGUGUGAAAUAUGUGCUAGUCUUAAAAUAUGUUGUACAUUGUUCUGUAAAAUUUUAUGUAUUUAUGUGAAAAACUUUUCUUAAUAAACUCAUUAAAACAUAA